CAACAAUACAACUGCCACCACCAUUGCAUCCAAAGGCACGCUUCGACUACACGGAACAGACACCCAGAAUGCCAGCACUUGUUCAAUUUGACAUAAAGAUCCACUGUCAAACUUUUCCGAAGGCUGGAACACCUCCAAUCCUUUUGCAAUGGUAGAGUUUCUUGCUGAUUCGUAACACUUGCAUGACCAGCAGCGAUGCGGUUGAGCAGAUUUGCGCAAGCGCCGCCAUCAGCUGAGGACAUUCGUCGAUUGAAGAAUUUCUUUGCGAAGGCUACUGUGGCUACAAACCUGCUCAAGUCUCGCUUGGCCUUGCCCAUUGCGUAUCCUCUCAACGCAGCGAUGAUGCGAGAAGACAACAAAAACGCUCCACUGCGGCCAAGCGAGCACAUGAAGGACAAGGUUAACGCCCUCAAUAGCGACGAAUGGAAGCUGAGACAGCAGGGACUGGCCCAGGUAAUGCCCAUUGUGGAAGGUAUGUCUAAGGUGGCCACCGUGCUCAAAGCAGCUCAAGCACUGACUUACUACCAGGGUGGUGCAAAGCGGCAUGUGAUGCCAGAUCCCAAAAUGGAUAAGUCAGAGUGUGACCAGGACAAUGACAUCCGCAUCCAUCAGAUGCGCCCCACACGGGUGAAAGCUGCCUACGGCCGCGGACCGGGAUGGAUUGUCACGAAGACUGGCAUGGGUCACGGCUGGGAUGACGUGGGUACAGGUAGGGUUGCAGACUCUCGACUGAACCGCGUGACGGUCGACCCCUUUGACGACACGCCGCACUUCUCAACGCAGCAGGGCAAGAAAUUUGUCUCCAAGACCAAGUGGAAUCCACGGAAGAGCGGCUCCCAAUAGUGAAUGCAAUGCGCCAUCGUACAGUGCUGUAGACAGAGUCAUAGGUUUUCAGACCCCAACAGCUUCACUUUUUGUGAAAAAUAA